GGAGCGAUUAGUCUUGCACGUGCGAAAGCUUACUAUAAAACCCGCUUCCUCGUUCGCGCCUUCAUUCGAUCGACGGACCGAUCGGCGAAUGGAGAUGGAGGAGGAAGUCGCCGAGACGGUGGAGGAGUCGCAGGUGUACAUGGCUUGCAUUAUACAUGGUCACAGCACUGACCAAUGUAGCCUGAGGUGUGGAUGGUGGAUGGACGAUCACUAUCAUCCCUUUCCAUCCAGAUUGUCUACCUGAAGUAAUAAGUUGGAGUAGCAUACUAUGAUGCAAAUACACAUCAACUUUUUGUCAUUGAAUUUUGGGAAGAUGGAAAUGGAGAACUUCCUCUGAUUGAUCUAGUGAAGUAUCAGGUGAAACCAUUGGUCAUAUAUGCCAGCACUAAAACAGAUGAAUUAUUCUUAGCUGCUCUACAGCGAAAUGUUUCUAUUGAAACCUUUGAAGUGAAGCUUAUACGAAGUUCAAUUUUCAGCUAUGAACAAGCAUGGCACAGAUUAGUUUACCUAAGGGUUGCUGGAAUGGAUGAUGGACUUAGCAUCAAAGAGAGAAUAUGCUUUCUUAACUCCAUGAUGGACCUAGGAAGUGAAGUUCAAGUUCGUGCUGCUGGUGGUCUUCUUGCUAUACUAGAGAAUGAGAGGCUCGUAGAUACAUUUCAACAAAAUGAAUGUGGCUAUUCAUCAAUAACAAUUGAUUGCAUGUCACAAAUCUCAUUAGACAAGUUUCUCAAACUUGAUGCAGCUGCUCAUGAGGCAUUACAGAUUUUUCAAGUUGAUAAGCAUCCUAGUGACAUGGGAAUAGGCAGAGCAAAGGAAGGGUUCUCAGUUUUUGGAAUGUUUAAUAAGUGUGUUACACCAAUGGGAAGGAGGCUUUUGAGGGCUUGGUUCUUGAGGCCUAUACUUGACCUUGACAUGUUAAACAACCGUCUGAAUACAAUAUCAUUUUUCCUUUGCUGUGAAGAAGUGAUGUCUGCUUUACGUGAGACGUUAAAGACUGUAAGAGAUGUUCCCCACAUGCUCAAGAAAUUCAACUCACCUAGCUCUUUAUGCACAACCAGCGAUUGGAAUGCAUUUUUGAAGAUGCCAUCGGUAGGCCUAUAUGCAAUCUAUGCUUGGCAGCUUGAGAAUAUGCAAGUUCCUAAAUACAACAACAACAACAACAACAACAACAAUAAAGCCUGCAUUUGUUCGCUGUUGCACAUAAACAAGAUCUUUGAAGUAGGUAUUUCAGAAUACCUACAGGAAAAAUUAGAAUACCUGAAAUUAGACUUAGUGGAGAAGGCAAGUUCCUGCAUUACAAUGGAGUUGGUUUAUGUCUAUGAUCUGGUAAUGGGUGUUAUUGAUGUUAAGCGAAGCAAGGAGAAGGGAUAUGAGACGCUAGUAAAGGAAGGACUAUGUGAUGAAUUGGAUGAGCUGAGAAUGGUUUAUGAACGUCUGCCGGACUUUCUAGAGCAGGUAUCAGCUUAUGAGAAUGCUUCUGUUCCAGUUCAGCAUGGGUGGAAAAAAGCUCCAUCUAUUGUUUAUGUACAUCAAAUAGGAUACUUGAUGUGCAUUUUCGAUGAGAAGCUUAGCGAUGAAACAUUGGGAAAACUUCAUGAUUUUGAAUUGGCUUUUUCAGAAGAUGGAGAUGAGAAAAGGUUCUUUUAUCAUACUCCAAAGACAAGAGAAUUGGACAACCUUCUUGGAGAUAUUUAUCACAAAAUUCUCGAUAUGGAGAGAGCAAUUAUUAGGGAUUUGAUCACUAGAGUACUUAAUUUUGUUCCCCAGCUAAUCAAGGCAGUGAACUUCGCAGCAGAACUUGAUUGCAUUUUAUCAUUGGCAUUGAUUGCUCAUCAAAACAAUUACGUGCGGCCCAUCUUGACUGAGGAUACGUUUCUUGAUAUAAAGAAUGGCAGACAUGCUUUGCAGGAGAUGACUGUUGAUACUUUUGUCCCCAAUGACACAAAAAUACUUGAUGAUGGAAGGAUAAAUAUCAUUACUGGUCCUAACUAUUCAGGAAAAAGCAUAUAUGUCAAGCAGGUGGCUUUGGUGGUUUAUCUUUCUCAUAUUGGAAGUUUUAUACCAGCUGAUUCUGCAACUAUUGGGAUCACUGAUAGGAUAUUCUGUGCUAUGGGAAAUAAGCCUAUGACCACUGAACAAUCUACUUUCAUGAUUGACCUUCAUCAAGUCGGCAUGAUGCUUAGGCAAGCGACAUCUCACUCCUUGUGUUUGAUGGAUGAGUUUGGUAAGGGAACUCUCACAGAAGAUGGAAUUGGGUUGCUCGGUGGAGCUAUUAAUCAUUUUGCAAACUAUGAGCAUCCCCCAAAGGUUCUGUUGUGUACACAUUUGACAGAGAUAUUUGACAAGGAUUGCUUACCACAGUCUGAAAAUAUCAAAUUUUACACGAUGAGUGUUCUGAAAACUGAUAACAAUUGCACGAGCACUGAAGACAUCAUUUUUCUAUAUAGGCUUGUACCUGGACAAGCACCCUUAAGCUAUGGACUUCAUUGUGCUAGGCUUGCUGGGGUCCCGGAAGAGGUUGUUGAAAGAGCAGCUGAUAUUUUGGAGAUGGUCAAGACUAGAAGGCCAAUUUACCGUUUCGUGAACCAGACAUUAUCAGCUAAAGACCGCCAAUACCAGGAUGCCGUUGCAAAAUUGUUGGCUUUUGAUACUUAUAGAGGUGAUCUAAAGACAUUCUUCCAUGAUAUCUUCCCUUCAGAAUGAUAGUCUUAUUCAGCAAAAAGGAGUUUUAGUACUACAAACAACUAAAUGUGUAUCUGAUUGAAAAUAUAUUGUUCCUGACCUUUGCAUAGGAAGAACUCGUGAUUAUUUUCUUUUCCUCUGAAAAUUAAAUUCUUGUGUUGAAAUCU